AACGAGGUUGGACACCGGGGCUUUUCGACACAGGCGAUGGCUAAGCGUGGUAAAUUAACAGGUCUUGUGAUCUAAAAUUGCGGCUUUGGUGACGAUCAGUGUUGUCUGAAGUUACUUGCUUCUUGUGGAUAUGUGUUAGAUAGACCUACAGUGUUAUGUGCUUUGUACUCGGUUAGAUGCCCCAGCGCGACGCCGCCAUGUUCUCCUUAACCCAGGGGCAAAAUUGACGUAACGUGCUUUGAUCUAUUCUCUUAUCGGCGGGGCAAAUUGAUGAAACGUAGUUUGGAUCCCGUUCUGUUAACGGCUAGGCUAAAUUGACGAAACGUGCUUGGAUCCCGUUCUCAUAACGGCUAGGCAAAAUUGACGAAACGUGCUUGGAUCCCGUUCUUUUGGCGACAGGAUAGAACUGGUUGCUGCUUUUCAAAGUUAAUUAGCAGAGGGUUGAUUUUUUACUACACUGGACGCACAUCUCACUUAACUUCCAACUUCACCUGGAAUAUUUGAAAAGAAUGAAUCGGAUCUACUAGACUGUAUUGCUCAUAUCGAUAGACCACAUACGCUCAUCGGAACAGUUACCUACGAAGAGUGACUCAUGAGUAAAAUGAGUAACACAAUGUAUGUUUUGGGAUUGACUUCCUUGUGAGUAUUCAAGUCUGCAUUUGUGUUUACACCUCGGAAUACCGAUUAAAAGAGUUUACACCUGUACGUGUAGUCAACUGGUAUUUACACCUGUACGUGUAGUCAACUGGUAUUGACACCUUCGGCAUGUUGGUUUAAUCAUUUUUUUUUCUCAUCUGGAUGCAUAUACCAUUGAGCAGCACUAUUUACACAACAGGGAAUACUUUAUGUGGGUUUGCUUGGCUAUAACACCGGGUGAAUCCUGGGUCAUAUAUUAUUACGUGAAAUACCAUUCAAGAAUUCAGGAAUAUCCUAAUUCCUGGGGAUGUUAAUAUAUUGUAUAAUAAACGCGGGAACUUUUCACGCCGGACAAGUGUAUUAAUAAAUACAUAUUGCAUUGAAUAGCGAAAGUUUCACACGUGAAUAGACAUACGUCUCACACCCAACAACGUUAAACGUUACACCUGCAUGUGAAUUGUUGUGUAAGUUGUUUCCACGUGUUUUGAAUAAUGUGGAACGUUUCACAUUUGAAUAUAAAAACCCAGAAGAAUUAAAUAUCGUAUUUUGAAUGGCUUUCGACUUUUCACGUGUGAACAUAGCUCUGAUCUAUUAAAUCUCGUGUUCAUAAAAAACGAGCGACAUUUCAACAGACGAUAUAAAGUAUAUUAAAACAAACUGGCCCUUUUUCCACAUGUGGGUUUUUCCUUGUGUAUACAAUCUACUCAUUUAUGGUCUCCACUGACUUGGAACCUCUGGAGCAUAAGUGAAUAAAAACUGAUGGCAUAUUUGACAGUGUGCCUAUUGAGAGAGCGUCUUUGUGAUAUAUUGUGCUCUACGGUGUAUGCAUAUCUACCAGGGACGUACUACACAUCUGGAGUUUGUUCAUAAGUGGACGUCUGUUCAAGCACCUGCAUUCUGUUGCAUAACCUCUGUCAAACGAACAAAAAGAAAUAAUGGAUUUUAUUCAUGACUGUUGUUGACAAACAUUUAUACCCGUAUUGACAUCGAUUGAUACACAGUAGUCCAGUGCCUAGUGCACAUUAAUUCAGUACUCAGUGCCUUGUGCUGCGUUCGAUUACAAACAUCCUUCCGGUGUACCACUGCUGUAACUGAAGACAAGACGUGGCAACGUUAUGAAACUAUCAGCUACUUCUGCUUUCUCUCUGGGCUGAUGACGGUGAAGUUAACCUGUCCUUAUUGUAUAUAUAGACAAAACGAUGUGGGAAGCUGCACAGAGGACAUUUCUCACGGCGGUGUGUGCUGCAUUGUGGGCAGGAGCCGUGGGAUUUGGAAGUUUUACUAUGGAGCAGAAGUUAAAGGACUACCUGUUUCCUGAUGAUUUUGACCCCACUGUCCGACCAGUCGCGGACGUCAACGACAACGUGACCGUUUAUAUAGAUAUCUCUCUCAACCACCUCGUCGAUUUGAACGAAAAGAUUCAAGUCUUACAGAGUGAAAUUUGGGUUCGAUUGACAUGGUAUGACCCACAGUUAAGAUGGAACCGCUCCGAUUUCGGUAACGUCAGUUCAAUUCACGUCGCUGCCGAUAUGAUAUGGAAGCCUGAUAUCGUCCUAUAUAACGAAGUCGGGUUAGAGACUGGUAAAGACCCUAUGGAUUUCUUAAUCGCCGCAUCAUACGACGGAACAGUGAGGUGGUUGUACCCGCGCACCAUAGAAACUUCCUGUAAAAUGGACGUGAGCGAGUUUCCCUACGACUUUCAGAAAUGCAUCUUCGUGUUCGGCUCAUGGGCGUUCACCGGAAACCUUCUGGAUGUCCGAAACAAGUCGAGCCGCGGCGACACCAGCUCUUACGUGGACAACGGCGAAUGGCGGCUGGUGAUGAUCGAGGUUAUACGCCACGAGCUGAUGUAUCCCUGUUGCGACCAUCCCUUCCCGGAUGUGACGUUUACAAUGGUGCUUCAGCGACGCUCCCUCUACUAUAUAUACAACAUCAUCAUCCCGUGUAUACUCAUCACUAUGCUCCAUCUGACGACAUUCUUACUUCCGGCGGAAUCCGGGGAGAAGAUAUCCCUGAACGUGACCAUUCUGUUAGGUCUGACUGUCUUCCUGCUGCUCGUGGCAGAAAUCAUGCCACCCCAGUCUCAAGUUAUCCCUAUUGUAGGUCAGUAUUUUGGGGUGUGUAUUUGCAUAGUUUCCUUGUCAACGGCCCUAGGCGUCUUCAUCUUACAUCUUCACUUCCGAGGAUCUCGGGGAUUUCCGCUGCCGAGGUGGGUUCGUUCGUUAAUCAUCGGAAAACUCGGCCACAUCCUCUUUUACGGAAACUUGAUAGAGAAAACUCUUAGGUUGCAAACUGAGAAACGGUCACGGAAAAAACCUGCAAGGCUUAUGGAGAAGAAUUCGACUGAUCAUUCGUCAAACGGAACGGAGGUUGAACUGGUAUCAGUACACCCUGACAGGGCCAAUGACAAUGUUCCAAACGGUCACGUGACUGAAAAAUCAGAAGCCGUCGAAGGCGAAGAGCACGCGAUAAAGACUAUGUAUCGCCAUGACCACUACGUGUUGAACACUGAGGGGAAACCCCCGAUGGAGGAUUUAGGCGUCCUUCACAGGAGGAUCGAGGACAAAGAGGAGGAAGAAAAAGCCAUCAUUCAGGACUGGAUCCUCGUCUCUCUGAUCUUGGACAGAUUUUUCUUUAUCAUCUGCGCCAUCGUAGAUGUCGCCGCCAUAUUGUUUGUGCUUUGUCGAAACCCCGUUUACCACGCGGACACGUGACCAAAUGAACCAGGCAUUGCCAAGGACAAGCCACGACUAUUCCUUCAUGUAAUGUAGGGGAUUUUAUUUUAUCGUUUGAUUUCCAGUCAGAUAAUACUCUUACAAUGCUGUUAAACUAGCAAAAGUGCAAAAAAACCCCACAAAAACAACAACAAAAAAAACAACAACAGCAACAGAAAUCCCUUACAUUACCAGAGGAGGAAAGAACUUUGUGUGCAAAAAUACCACCGAGAGUUACAGUUACUAUUCAUGCAAACUACGCAAAGGGAAACCAUUUUGAAAGGCGAACCGAUAUGAAAUUUGUCUGUGUCAAAAUUACCUGACUAUGUUACUAUCGACAGAUUUUAUGGUGACAAAAAGAGAAGAUGUUUGCUCCACCGAAGAGUGAAUCCAUCCUCUGCUGUUCUCGGAACACUAAAAUAUAGAAGUGCUUUAUUAACCAGAAGAAAGAGACGCUUGAUGCAAAUUGUGCGGUUUUAUGUUUUAUUCUGAUCAACAUAUGACAAUACUGUGGAUGUUCACAAAUAUAUAAUGUGGCGUCCAGCAACAGAGUAAUACACACCCUAGCGCCUCGAUGACAAUAAGGGUAAUAUUACCUGUUGGGGUGCCACUGUAGAAGCUACGUUUUUAUUUCGUCGAGUAACAGUUCGUCUGCGAGUGCCCUUUAUUUUGACUUAUGUAGCAAAGUACAUACAGCAUGUACGGCGUUGUAACAGCGGAUAGCCCGUGGCUUGACCUCAUGAUCCAGACAUGUUAAUUACAUGUUUAUUGCUAGUGAUAUAGAGGACUUGGGCGCUCUAUUACAGCACGGCUUCUAAAUGAUACUAAAAGUACAAUGUGUAAGAUGGUCUCGGGUGUUUAAGUGGUCAUAAACUGAUUCAGUGAUUGAUAUGGACUAGAUACAACCAAAGAUACACAUGGCUGACAGAAGGGUAUGUAUCCUCUAUUCUGCUCAAAGUGAACGACAAAACCACCAACAGCCAACCAGAUCAUGAA